AUGGCGUUCCUUUUCAAGUCCAAGAAGCAGCAGCAGCCCGCGACGGCGCUCCCUGCCGCGACGCGCAACAUCACCUCGUCCGAUGGCCCGCCAGCCUCGUCCAUACCCACCGCCAAUGGCUCGCGAUCCGGCCCUCCGCCGCGCGAGGUCGAGCAGGCCAGGAAUUCGCCGCAGGCCCAAACACCUACGCCCACUGCCUCCGUAAAUAACUCCGUGAGCUCCCUGCCAGGCACCGACAACACCGCGAGUCCAGAACCCACGAAGAUGCGGGAGCGAUCCAACUCCCAGCUGCAGAACGGGCGUGCCUCGCAAGUCCCCCCGCCGCGCGGCAUGUCCGAAUCCCCCUACCCGUGGUCUCAACGUCGUCUGAACUUCACAACCGCCGCAAGCCCGUUUCCGCGCUAUGGAGCCGCUGUCAAUUCUACCGCAUCCAAGGAUGGUUGCAUAUAUCUUAUGGGAGGCCUGGUCAAUGGCACCACCGUGAAGGGCGAUCUGUGGAUGGCGGAAGCAGGUUCGGGGAACAUGGCGUGUCACCCAGUCGCUACGACUUCAGAAGGCCCCGGCCCUAGAGUUGGACAUGCCAGUCUACUGGUUGGGAAUGCAUUCAUUGUGUUCGGCGGUGACACGAAAAUGGACGAAGGCGAUCUCCUCGACGACACUCUUUAUCUUCUAAACACCUCAACAAAGCAAUGGUCGCGCGCCCUGCCGGCAGGACCGAGGCCAUCAGGUCGCUAUGGUCAUACCCUGAACAUUUUGGGGUCGAGGAUAUACAUCUUCGGUGGCCAGGUCGAGGGCUUCUUCUUCAAUGAUUUGGUCGCAUUUGAUUUGAAUGCGCUGCAAGCUCCGAACAAUCGAUGGGAAGUUCUCAUCCCGAACAGCGCAGACGGUGGUCCACCGCCUGGUCAGGUUCCUCCUGCCAGAACGAACCACUCUGUUGUCUCAUGGAACGACAAGCUAUAUCUGUUUGGUGGAACAGAUGGCGUCAAUUGGUUCAGUGAUGUUUGGUGCUACGACCAUAAGACCAAUGCUUGGCAGGAGCUCGACUGCAUUGGGUACAUACCGCUUGCGCGAGAAGGACACGCUGCCGCCAUCGUUAACGACACGAUGUACGUCUUUGGAGGCCGGACAAGAGAGGGAACUGACUUGGGUGAUUUGGCCGCUUUCAAAAUAACCUCCCGCCGAUGGUACAUGUUUCAGAACAUGGGCCCAUCGCCAUCCCCGCGCUCUGGACACAGCAUGACUGCCUAUGGAAAACACAUCGUGGUACUUGCCGGCGAGCCGAGCUCCUCCGCCCCCGACCGGAAUGAAUUGAGCCUCGCCUAUGUUCUGGACACUUCCAAAAUCAGGGCAAAUGGUGCUAGGCCGGGCAGUAAAACCCCUACUAAGGCGUCCGGCUUUGGACCUACGGUCGAUACCGCAAGAGCCGCUGCCUUCGAUCGCGACACUAUGUCUCCUGUGGCCAGAGACAGCCCUGUCCGGGAAAAUGAGCCACAGAGUGUUGCACAGCGCGCCAUGCGGGACCAAGGCCGGGAGCAGAGCCCUCGUGGUGUGAGAAGUCCUGUUUCAGCCAAGCCGCCCCAUCUUCACAAAGACUCGGUCGAUUCUGUCAAGAGCGGGCCACCUCCGCGCUCCGAAUCCCGUACCCGUCAUCAACAGUCCCUGGAUAAUAUUGCGCAAGAAUCUCCCCGCGGACCGGCAGAAGGCCACAAGCACAGGCGAUCGGCCAGCCGUGAGGUGGAAAAACCGAUCGAUAGCGCAGUGGUCGUUUCACCAUCAGUGAAGCAACCAAGCGAAGAAGUUGUCAGAGAACUAGAAGCCGCACGAAGUCGGAAUGCCUGGCUUGCAUCCGAACUGGCCUUGGCACGUAAGGCCGGCUAUCAAGCCAACGCAUCGAACAGCCCCGUUUUGGACGAGAGGGCUGCCGAGGCCUUUGGCGACGACGACAAACCGCUGGUGGAAGCCCUGAUCAAGAUGAGAGCCGAGUUGGCCAAAGUGCAGAGUUCGAUCGAUGCACAAGCGGUCGAGGCUGCCAACAAGAUUGCUCAGAUUGAAAGGCAAAGGGAUGCCGCUAUCGGUGAAGCAGUGUAUGCAAAGACCAAACUUGCUGCGCACGGUGGGAGCCAAGCUGGAACUCCACAGCCCGAUGGAAACCGUAAUAUGACUCCUGAUAUGGAUCGCAUGAACGACAUGAAUAGGCGUCUAGCAGCUUCUCUCGCUGCUCAAACCGAGCUGUCUUCGCGGGUAGAUGGCCUUUUGGUUGAGAUGGAGGCCGAGAAGCGGGCACGCACCCUUGCCGAAGAAACUGCCGAGGCUGCACAGAAGCGCGCUAGUGAGCUUGAUUCUUACCGCCAGCGGACUAUGAUGGAGUUAGAGUCAUUGAGAGCCGAACUUCAUGAGGCCGAGAAGACUGCACGUGAGGAAUCGGCCUCCUCUGCAGAAGCUAAGGCCUCUGCGCAAAUGCUCGCGGUAGACAAAGCUGAGCUUUCCGGCAAGCUGUCCAGGGCUCUUGAAGAUGUCAAGAGCCAUUCCGGUGUCCUGGAAUCACUUCGCGCUGCCGUCGGUGCCUCUACCGACAAGGCAGCUCUACUCGAGUCAAAACUUGAGGAUGAACGGGCCCAGCGCGCAGAGCUCGAACAACUAUUAGCCAAAAUCCGCGCAGAGCAUGAAGACAGCAAACGCGAACUCGAAAGCACCGCUAGACGUCUCAAGGAUUCCGAGGAAAUUGCCGCCAAACAUGCCGAGGAAGCUGCAAUGCAUCGGGAAGCUGUGCUCAAUGGCUUGGCCCGUGCUACCGAUAAAGAUACCAACGAAGAUGUCUCUGACCAAAGGGUACAAAUAUUGCAGCAACAGCUUGAUGCAGCAAGCGCCAUGGUCCGGAAGAACCAAGAGGCUGCUGAUCUUGCUUCAGAGAAACUACGUCGCGCUGAAGAGCGGAUCGCUGGUCUGGAAACCUUCCAGGAGCAAGCAAGCAGGGAAGGACUGUCGAUUCGGAAGCAGCUUCAGAAUGCUAUGCGCGAGAUGCAACAGCUCCAGUCGGAGAAAUCCGAGCUCCAACAGCAGUACGAGAGACAGGUCCUCGAAGGUAACGCUCACGAGGUCCAACUGAAAACGCUCAAGAAUCUGCUGGACGAGCGUGGCAUUAGCACAAGUGCCGCGGAACAUCGGCGGUCUAGGGUGCUCGAGAGCCCCAGCUCGCGCUUCAGUACCCCAGAGCUCAAUCGCGUGCGUGAGCUUGAGCAACAGCUCGAUGCUAGUCUCAAAGCGCACGACGAGAUGCGGUCAAGCUUCGAAAGUCGUGAAGCUGAGAUCAGCAAGGAAUGGGAGGAGAAAAUCACCGCGCUGCACAAUGACCACCAAGCGGCAGUCAAGUACCUCCGCGGAACGGAGAAAAUGCUCACCAAGAUGAAGUCUGAACUGGAGCGGUACAAGACCACCAACGCGGAGCUUGAGAAGGAACUUAACCAAGCGAAACAAAGAGGCCUUAGCCCCAACCGGGACGCGGGUUGGGAGGCCGAGCGCGAUGCCCUGCGAUCGCAAAUCUCCAACAUGCAGGUCACGCUUAAGGAUUCCGUUUCUCAGCUUGAGGGUCAAAUUGCACAGCUUCAGACCGACUUGGAGGCCGCUCGCGCGGAGCAGGAAUCUGCCGCACAACAAGCUCAGCAGCUUGAGCACUCUGCUGCUCAACAGCGGGUGGAGAUGGAGAACCUUCAACACGAAAAGGCCGCUUUGGAAGAGCGCGCUAAAGACGCUGAACAACGUGUUCAGAUGUUCCUCGACCAAUUCGAAAACAGCGUGGACAGCUAUCGUCGCCAGUCCCACAUGAUGCUCCAGCCACAAGGUAAUGGCGGUCAGCCUCAAGGUCAUAGUCAUCACCGAUCGCACGACAGCAUUGCAGGCGAGAGCAUCUACAGCCAAGCUACUGACGUUACCGAGCGCACUGUAACCCCUCCGAACACGCAUCUUGCCGCUGCUGCUGCGGCGACUCGCAACUCGAUGGCCCUGGACAGCCUGGCGUCCGAACUCGAGACUUUGCGUUCGCAUUGGGAGAGUACGAACAAGGCCUACCGCCUCAGUCAACAUUCGUACAUCGACCGUACGCCGACGACGGAACAUGCAGAUCUGAGCGAGAGCCUUGGCUCGUGGCGGAAGCGCCUGGACUUGGAUGAUGAUGACGAUGAUGACGACGACCAUCCCGCGCUGCAGUAUGCCUCCGCUCCGUCGUCUUCGCAGCCUGCAAAGCAGCUGUCUCCCGCGAAGCAGGGUGGCCAUGAGCGCAAUCUCAGCGAGGAUGCUGAUUCCAGGACGCCAACCCUCGCGACGAUGAAUGGCAUUUCGCCGGGCUCCCCGACCGGCCCUGGCCCGGGUGGAGCAGCAAUGAUCUAA